AUGAUUUUACAUUCUUUUUUAAUUCUUUCUUUCAUUUUGAAUUCUUUUCCUUUUUUUUCCUGUAAUGAUUUUACGUUCAUUCUUUUCCUUUCUUUUCUUUUAUUCUUUCUUUUUUUGAAUUCUCUCUAUAUCUAUCUAUCUAUCUAUCUAUCUAUCUAUCUAUCUAUCUAUCUAUCUAUCUAUCUAAAUUCCAAUACAGAUUUGGAUAGUAAAUCGGAUGACGAACUGCUUUGCGACGAAACUACUCUGGACCAAGUAGUAUUGUUAUUAGCAAUAUAUUUAAAGGUGGCAGAUGAGAAGAUAUACAUGGCAGUAUAUCAAUUUAUCGAGGAUGAAUUUAUACUGCCUAAACACUAUCUUCCAAAACAUGUUCAUACCAUCGGAGAUACGAAUUCAUUGCACGUAAAUAGCGAAUUCCUUAGCGCUCAUGAUCAGGAUAAGAUAGUAAUAGGGGAUGCGGCUAGAAAGUUUCUUAAUUUUGUACGGUUACGUAAAGCGAUAUGGAAUUCGUUAUUUGAGGAAUACGUCCUCUCAGAGGAUACCUCUUCUGAUUCUGAUAUAGCAUUGUCCUCGUUUCUAGAUGAGUAUGAAAAAAUUACGCCGCCUCCAACGGAGAAGAGAAAAUCUGGAGCACCUUCUCAACCUUCCACACCAGAAAAACGAAAUCGAACCGAUGGACGAAGUGGAUGGACUAGUUCUGCUGUCAAACGUUUGCGGUUCGAUGACGACAAUGAUGACGACAGCAAUUGA